AUGGGGUCCUGCGCCGUCCUGGUGGACGGCAUCGAUGCCCACACCAACUGCAACGAGCUGCUGGCCCUCUUUUCCACCGCUGGCACCGUGAUGCAGGCGGCCACAAUCUCUCCGGCCGCCAACGGCGCCCCCUGCACCGCAAUCUUGUGGUUUGACACCCCCGCCAGCGCUGCCAGUGCUGUGGAAUUGUUCAACGACCACCCGUAUGCCGGCACCUUUCUGGAAGUGAGGCCCACAGAUGUGGGCGCCGCCACCAGGGCGCUAUCGGCGCUGGCCGAGGCGCAGACCACGCCGCCACAGGCUCCCGCGGCCCAGCCGCUGACGGCGCCCUCAGCCGCCCCGGCGGUCGCGUUUGCCAGCGGCGCUGCUGUGCCCAUGCCCGCCCCGUUUUCAGUCGAUGCCAGUGCUCCGCGCCCGGCCGCUGCUCCUCCGCCUGCUCCCGCCGCUUUGCCCGAGCCUCCCGCCUUUGGCGACUAUAACCCUGACGAUUGGCUGCCGCCGCCAGACUGGCAAUCGCCUGCCCCGGCCCCCGGCCCCGCUGCCGGCACCACCACCGCCUGGGCACGCGUGGCGACUGCGGCGCCUGCCAAGGCGCCCCCCGCCGGCGGGCAGCCGGCAGCCAGGAAGGCCCAGCCGGCGGCUGGGGGUGCGCCCAUGGCGCCCGAGUGGGAGCGAGAUGAGCGCUGCCGCAUCUACAUCCAGAACCUGAAGCCCGGGCUGUCGGCAGACGACCUGCGCACCUCCUUCUCCAAGUUUGGCCCCCUGGUGGACACAUCAGUCGUGCCCAAGCAGCGUAUCGGCUUCCUCACUUUUGCCAAGGGCGACGACGGCGAGCGGUGCCUGGAGGCGGUCAACGGCACCUCGGUUCCUGGCCUGAGUGCCAGCGGCAGCGAGCCGCUGAAGCUGGAAUUUCGAAACCUAAAUAAGAUUCGUCGCCACCUCGCCAAGAAACGUGCCGAUGUGAUGGAAGAGCCCACCACGCGUGUCUUCAUCGGCUACUUCCCUCGUAAUACCAAAAAGGAGGAUGUUCGUACUGAGCUCAGCCGGUAUGGCGAGCUGACCGAACUGAUGCUGGGUGGCGGCGAGGAUGGCGGCGAGCUCUUCUGCUUCGUCCAGUUCAGGCGUAUCCAGGAUGCAGCCCGUGCCCACCGCGCCAUUCACUCCCACACCAUCCCGGCGCUGGCGGGCAGCAGGCAGCUCAUCGCUGCGUUCAAGGAGCCUAGGCGGUAG